UGCAGACAUUGUGCCCUAAGAUUUUUCCUGGUCCAGCGCUGCACACAAAACCUUCCUUCGAUUUCUCCAGUCUCUCUGUCCGUAUCAUCAACGACGGCCGUUCAGCAACCACCGCCAACAUGAAGCUGAACAUUUCGUACCCUGCGAACGGUUCGCAGAAGCUGAUUGAGGUGGAAGAUGAGCGGAAGUUGAGGCACUUCUACGAGUAUAUGGGCGCUGAGGUCCCGGCCGACCCGCUCGGCGAUGAGUGGAAGGGCUACAUUCUCCGCAUUACCGGCGGCAACGACAAGCAGGGUUUCCCGAUGAAGCAGGGUGUCAUUGCUCCCAACCGUGUCCGCCUCCUCCUCUCCGAGGGCCACUCCUGCUACCGCCCGCGCCGCACCGGUGAGCGCAAGCGCAAGUCCGUUCGCGGCUGCAUCGUCGGCCCUGAUCUCUCUGUCCUGGCCCUUGCCAUCGUCAAGCAGGGCGAGCAGGACAUUCCUGGCCUGACCGACACCGUCCACCCGAAGCGCCUUGGACCCAAGCGUGCCACCAAGAUCCGCCGCUUCUUCGGCCUCAGCAAGGAUGACGAUGUCCGUAAGUACGUCAUUCGGCGCGAGGUUCAGCCCAAGGGCGAGGGCAAGAAGCCUUACACCAAGGCUCCUCGCAUCCAGCGUCUGGUCACUCCCCAGCGCCUGCAGCACAAGCGUCACCGCAUUGCGCUCAAGCGCCGUCAGGCCGAGAAGGUCAAGGAUGAGGCGAACGAGUACGCUCAGAUCCUGGCCAAGCGUGUCGCUGAGGCCAAGGCUCAGAAGGCCGAUCUCCGCAAGCGGAGAGCCAGCUCGAUGCGCAAGUAAAAUUGGGGCGUUUGGUAAUGGGUCUCGGAUUGCUUUGGGAAAACGGUCACGGCGUGCUUUCUUUGCUGGCUCAUCUGGGGCGUGUAUAUGGCGUAACAACCUUUCGCGAAUCUCGACAAUGAGUCUUUGCGAUGAGCAGAUUAGGCGCCUAAGCCAAUUUGAGCCAAGCAGUGCAGAGAGCUAUGAAACACCCUCACUGAAUCAAGGACCG